AUGGCCGAGGGUCCGGACUCAGACGUGACACCAGGAGGCACCACAGGCGGUUUCUCGGAAGACAACAUGAGGCCUCCAAUUCCUCCGACUGAAAUCCUGAAAACUGCAGGGCAAGUUGACAGUGAUGAAAACAGUGGAGGCGACGCGGAUGAUGACCAAGGAGCAGGUUCUGACAGAAACGGCAAAUCGAAGCCAAUCGUGUUUGGAGGACAGGGCAAGUCACCCGGACAAAUGCAAGAUCCCAACGGAGUGGCAGUGUCUGCUGACAAUGAGAUACUAGUCGCAGAUAUGGUUAACAAACGUGUCCAAGUCUUCAGCAUGAAUGGCGUCUUCCUCCGCCUCUUCCCAACGGAGGUUCCUGGCGGAGUUGGCCGAGCGAUGUACCCUACCGACGUGGACAUUGAUGGGGAGGGUCGUAUUUGGGUGGUGGGGAAAGAUCGCGUUACAAGCGGCGCUGUGACUGUGGUACAGUACGGUACAGACGGCCUCCCGGUCACCACGUUUGACGUAAAACGGCUUACCUGGUACCCCACAAUUGCAGUUAACAAGCGCUAUAACAAAAUAAUCGUGGUAGCAGGUAACGAACUGUUCAAGUUCAAACCAAACGGCUCGUUGGAUGGAAGUUUUGGCAAGAAAGAAGGCAACAGACUGCAAUACGUCACAUCAGACAGUGACGGGAAUAUCCUCGUUACGGUUAGUUCCCUCCCUGGUGUCCAUGUGUAUGAUCAUAACGGACAGCGCCUGUUCUCUUUCCGCACGGCUGUCACCGGUGUGGCUGGAGGUAUUUGUAUGGACCCCCAGGGUCGCCUCAUGGUGGCUGACUGGGCCAACGGGCGGGUGGAUAUGUUCACAAGCCGCGGGGAGUUUGUCCGUAUGGUCGUGAACGUGACAAAGCCGCGGGGCAUUGCCUUGGGGCCGGGUGGACAGUUGGUGGUAAUCGACUCCUCUGACUAUGUCGUCAGGAUCUUUCCACGGUGGAUGGUAUAUCCGGACGAGUAG